AUGGCCUCGAUUGUGCGACCUUCCCUGCUGCGGCAGACUGCGCUGGCGGCUCGUUGCGCCAAGCCAGCCUUCCGGAACAACGCCAUCAAGGCUUCGGCUUUCCACACCUCGACCCAGCGCUCUGCCAUUCUGCCUCCCGGACCUCAGCGAAUUGAGGGCACAGUCAACGACCCCGUCCCCAUUCCCAACCCCAACGCCUCGCACGGCUCCUACCACUGGACCUUCGAGCGCCUCCUCGCCGCCGGCCUCGUGCCCCUCUCCAUUGCUCCCUUCGCCGCCGGCUCCCUCAACCCCACCACCGACGCCAUCCUGUGCUCCGCCGUCCUGCUGCACUCUCACAUCGGCUUCCAGUCCGUCAUCAUCGACUACAUCCCCAAGAACCGCUACGCCGGCCUGCGAAAGAUCUUCUGGUGGGGCCUGAACCUGGCGACUGUCACCGUCGGCGUGGGAUUGUACGAGUUUGAGACCAACGACAUUGGUGUUACCGAGGCUAUUAAGAAGAUUUGGAAGGCAUAA